AUGGCUUCUGAAGAACCCCCAAACCCCAUGGCCGAGUCCGGUGUCACGAUCCGCUCCGACAGCGAGCAGUAUUCCUCCCCAGAGGAGCUGUCUACGUCACCACCCUCGUCGUCGUCCCCCGCCGUCAUCCUCUACCAGCCCCCCACCUUCUGGUCUAUCCUCCGCGGUGCUGCCAUCAACCUGUUUCUUCCUUUCGUUAAUGGCAUGAUGCUUGGGUUUGGCGAGCUGUUUGCUCAUGAGGCGGCUUUCAGGUUGGGAUGGAGCAACACAAGGAUAUUCCCUCUUACUAGAAGACAAGCGCAUCCGAUUGGGCCAGGUAUCGAAGCGGUCGAGAAGCCGAGGCGGAGGGAACUUGACGACCUGACGAGCUUGGAGUGA